AUGGCGGCGUCCAUGGAUUUUGAUUUUAGAGUGGCCCGGUCUGAAUUUCGGGUUGCUCUUCAAGGAUUUCUCCCCCAAAAGGCACUCAGUGAAUGCAUUCCUCAUGUCCAGAACUAUCAUGGCAAUGAAAGUGAAAAGAAAUUAGCUUUGGACCAAGCUUUGAGGGAUAUUGUCAAAAUUGUGGUGCAUGAAGAUCAUGGCUGUUCAGUCUACCGUGAUGUUAUCAAUACUGCAAUUGAAGCAGCAACUCAAGAUGUAUGUUCUGCUUCUACUCCAUUUGUUAUUCUCUCUGAUGUAUUUGACAUGAUUACAUUGGAACAGUGUGAAGACAUUUUUAAUUUGGUUGAAGAGAAAGUCAGCACUUGGAAAUCAGACACAUUUUAUGAUGCUGGCAAGAAUUAUUUACUUAGAAUGUGCAAUGAUUUGUUGCGAAGACUGUCAAAAUCACAAAAUACUGUCUUUUGUGGACGAAUACAGCUAUUCUUAUCCCGCUUGUUUCCUUUAUCUGAAAAAUCUGCAUUAAAUCUGAUGAGCCAAUUCAACCUGGAUAAUGUCACUUUAUAUAAUACAAAACCUGAAGAAUCUCGAUUACGCAAGAAUGACAGGAUGGAGUUUGAAGAUGGAGAAAUGGAAGAGGCAAACAGUAUGGUUCCAAUUGACUACAACUUAUACAGGAAAUUCUGGGCAUUGCAAGAUUUUUUUCGCAAACCUGUUCAAUGUUAUGAAAAACUCUCCUGGAUGACAUUUGUUUCUAAUGCUGAUGAAGUUUUGACUGCCUUCAGCAGCUACAAGUUGGAUGAUAUGAAAACUUCUCGCAAGAAGUUGGACAAAUCCUAUAUGCCUGAAGCCCAGACAUAUUUUGCAAAGUACCUGACCAGUGAGAAGUUGCUGAAUCUUCAGUUAGCUGACAGCAAUUUCCGAAGAUAUGUCUUAGUUCAGUUCCUCAUAUUUAUGCAAUACCUCAAUGCACCUGUGAAAUUUAAAAAUGCCAAUUAUGUUCUCACAGAAGACCAGAAUGUAUGGCUGAAGACGACAGAAGAAAAAGUUUAUCUGUUACUGAAAGAAACUCCUCCAGAUGGAGAAAUUUUUGCCAAAUCCAUCCAACAUAUAUUGAAAAGAGAAGAAAACUGGAACGUUUGGAAAAAUGAUGGUUGCCCAAGUUUUGAACGAAACAAACCUGCAACAGAUGUUCAUCACAAACAGAGAGUAAAGAGAAAAAGUCUUGGUGCAGAUCUAAUGGCCAGUGGUGGAAAGAUUAUUAAAAUGGGUAACCCUGAACUGACAAGGUUGUGGAAUCUUUGCCCAGAUAACAAUGAAGCUUGCAAAUCAGAGAAAAGGAUAUUCUUGCCAACCCUUGAAGACUUCUUUGUUGAUGCCAUUGAGCAAGCUGACCCUGAGGCUAUGAUGGAUGAGGACCUUAAAUUAGUCAAUGAACAAGUGUUUCAAUGGAAGGCCCUUCGUCUGUUAGCUCGUCGUAGUCCCCACUUUUUUACUCAUACCCACCAACCAGCUGUCAGUCUUCCUGUUUAUUUAGAAAGUAUGGUAACCAAGUUAGCAAAGGAAAUGCCACCACCGCAUGAAGAAAUGAAGACUGACAUUGGUGAAGAAGAAGAAAUCAAAGCCCCGUCUCCUGAAGAAGAUGGAGAAGAGAUAAAAAAUGAUGGUGCUGACAUUCCAGCAUCUACUUGGAAAUUCAACUCUGACUUUCUGCAAGGUGGUAGUAGCGAUGACCUGCCAAUCACCAAACAGCAAAUCCUGGAAGUUGCUGAAGGGCUUGGCAAUGACUGGAAAAAGUUGGCUGUUGAACUGAAUUUCCUUGAUGAUAUGAUUGCCUAUUUUGAUUCUGAAAACCAGGAUAUUACUCAGAAGGCUUUGAAGAUGCUUACAGUGUGGUUUGAAAAUGAAGCUGAACCGGCUACACCAGGUUGUUUACGUACAGCUUUAAAUGAAAUUGGUUUAUUGGAAUUGGCCGACCAAGUGUUUCCCGAUGCUGACGGCAACAACUGA